AUGAUUUCAUCAUAUGAGGAAAUUCGCCUCAAAAGGAUUGCAGAGAAUACAAAAAAGCUAGAGGCUCUCAAUCUUCCAAAGCUCUCUCAAUCCCUUCACAAAACAUCUUUGUCUUUUUCCAAACCAUCACCGUCUGCAAAGGGUCGUCCGAGGUUUGUACAACCUGGAGAGCUUGAAGUAAAUAAGAAGCGCCUAUGUUCAACUACAAUGCGUAAAUCAUCAAUAAUCCCUCCGUCAAUCAAAACUAUAAUAACUCUUCUGCCAAUCCAAACUAAAAUUACCCCUCUGCCAAUUGAAACUACAAUAACCCAUUUGCCAAUUGAAACUACAAUAACCCAUUUUCCAAUCCAAACUGCAAAAGAUGUUGUGGUAGCAGAUGAGGAUGAAGAUGUUGUGGUAGGAGAUGAGGCUGAAGAUGUUGUGGUAGGAGAUGAGACCGAAGAUGAUGUGGUAGGAGAUGAGGCUGAAGAUGUUGUGGUAGGAGAUGAGGCUGAAGAUGUUGUGGUAGAAGAUGUGACUGAAGAUGUUGUAAAAGUGGCUAAAUUUGUGUAUUGGGAUGUAAAUGUCAUUAAUGAGGAGGGUUAUGUUUCAAACACACGUUUAUGUGCGAAAGACUUUGUUGCAAAAUAA